AUGGUAUCUAUCAUUAAGAAUCAGCUGUUGAAGCAUUUGUCCAGAUUCACUAAAAAUUUAUCCGCUGAUAAGAUAAAUUUGAGUACUUUCAAGGGAGAAGGUGAACUAUCAAACCUUGAACUAGAUGAAAAUGUCUUGACUGAGUUAUUAGAAUUGCCUACUUGGCUAAGGCUCACCAAAGCUUGGUGCAAUAGGGUAACAUUUGGCAUACCAUGGACGAAAUUGAAAAGUGUUCCAAUAUGUUUGAAUUUGGAUGAAAUUCACAUAACCCUUGAGACAUGUGAAGAACUCAGAACAUCCAAAGCACCAACAACUGGUGCAUCAUAUACUCCUGGGAAAUAUAGUUUUAUUCAAAAAGUUAUUGAUGGAAUCACUGUGUGUGUUAACAAUGUGUAUAUUGUAUUCAAUAGUCCAGCAUUUGUGGCUACAAUACAGAUCACUAGAAUAAGAGUGGAAUCAAAAUCUCCUAAAUUCACAAAAUCAGAUUUAAGAAUGACUAGAUUAAAGAACCAAGAAAAAGGGCAGGUACUUAUAUUCAAGGAAUUAGAGUGGCAGACAGUUAGGAUAGAGGCAAAAUCUACAAAGGAUGAAAACCUGACACCCCUGAGACUACUGACAAAUCAAGCUAGAUGUAGAAUUGUGAUAAAGAAGAGACUAUCAGAUUGUUUUAUUUUGGGAUCAAGACUGGCAAUAAUAUUAGAUGACCUUUUAUGGGUAUUGACUGAUUCACAACUCAGAGCUGUGGUUCAUUUUCUUGACUCACUUUCAGAUUUAGUUGAGAAAGCUACUAGAUUGACUAGGCUAGUGAAGGCAGCAAGAAAAUUAGAGGAACUUCCAGAAUAUAGAGCACAAAUGGCUCAAGAGGUUCAUGAACCAUCAGAAAAGUCCAAACUCUUCAAUGCUUAUGAUGUUGUUGAGACCUCAUAUCAUUUUGUGUCCAAUCAAAUAGUCUUACAUUUGUGUGAUGAUCCAGGAAGUGGUCGAUCAUCUCAUCCUCGUUUGAAAGAUGGCGGGGCACUACAGAUUUGCCUGAAAAAGUUCCAAAUCGAUUACUACCCUUACCAUCUAGCAAAAGGAAAUAGAAAACAUUGGCCUAGGUACAACGUCAGCUCUGUACCCCAUUCCAUGUGGCAGGAUCAGGCUCUGAGCUCGUUCAGAGCAAAACUGAUGGAUUUGCUGGAUUACAACAAGACUCAGCACACUCCUCUGAGUAGAGCGGACAAAAGACCUCAAAGUGUGCCAAAAAGUCCGGAGACUGAUCCGCGGAGGAACAGCCAAAAAGACUAUGAGACCAGUCUGAAAUUACAGUUAUCAAAAUUGAUGACUACCUGCAUUAUUUUGCGUAUUGAAGAUUUCACUGUUUAUAGAGUGGCAACUUCGAAUAAUAAGGGUGGAUUGAAGGAGUUUGUUUUUGGGGAUCGCAGCAGUAUGUCUCUACCGAGAGAUUCGAAUAUUGUCCACGCAGAAUUCAUUUAUUAUUACUAUCCUGCAGAUUGUCCUUUUCCACUUCCACCUCCAAAGUUUUAUGUGCAAGUGAAUCCAAUAACCGUUUUGGUUGACGUUUACAGCUGCUUAUGGCUGAACUCUUUCAUUCUGAAUCUCUUCCAGUCCAUGGAAAACUCGAAGAAUGAUGUGCAAGUUUCAAAUUAUUCUUAUGUGGAUGUGAAAAUAGAGGCUAUUCUGCCUAAGAUCAACUUCGAGAGCACCGUCGAUCAACCGAGCCAGAAAGACAGGCCUGGAUGGCUGUCUUUCCAGGUGACCAGAGCCACCGUGACCAAUAUCCGAAGUCUGGAGCAGUCUUCCAGAGCGGACCUCGCCAAGUGCGUGGAUUCCUUCCACAUGGGCUCGCUCUUUUUCGGCUCCGGCUUCCCUUCGCUGCCCGGGGACUAUUAUUUGUUGACGCAGAAGUUUUUCGAUCAUAUCUCGACCGAGGACAAUAUUAGGAGCAAGCCGGCCACCAUUGAUGCUGCUUCAGUGGAAAAUUCGUCACCGAAAUUCAGCCGGGAGAUGCUGUGGCUGGAGGCGAAGGACGUGUGGUGCGUCAGCUUGGACCCCGUGUGGGCGGACUUCGGGGGGGCGCGCGCCCCGGGCGUCAACAAGUCGGUGGCCUUUCUCGACGCCGUGCCCGUCUCGGUGUGGCUGCACACCACCAUGGAUCCCAAUUCCACGUUGAAGCCGCCCGAUGACCAGGCUGGCAACGCUCCCAACGCAGACAUUCAUGCAAUCGUCCACGUUUCGAAUUUAGUCAGCGUUCAAAUGAACCAUUAUCAGUACCUGUUCCUGAUGCGGCUGGCAGAUAGCGUGGCGAUGAUGACUACGUACUUAUCCUUGGAUGCAGAAAGGAUAUUGAAGAUGAUAUUUGCCAUUUUGUUUCCAACGAUUUUGAAGGUUCCCAGCAACAAUUCGAUGGUGAUGGGGGUUUUUCUGCCGCAACUCGAAGUGACAUUUGUGAUGCCUGCACAUUGCCCUGGCAAGGAAUCGUCUGGAGGGGAUGGAGAAUCUUUUUUACCCGAUUCAUCGAGCAUAGCUGGUGAUGCGAUCAUUGGUUCUACACAAUCUAUGUGGCACAACAGUACUUUAUCCAUUUCCCAGUUGGAGGCAGCGAGAAAAACGAUGGCUAACGGUUCUACAAGUCAAUUGGACGCCAUGGUUUCUUAUCCAGUGGAUUUUGAGCAACAUAAAAUUGAUCUGAAAUACCAAGACUUCCCUAUUGUCCAACAACAACCACAGCAACAAAUCGUGAAUCUCCCAGCCAAUUUCAAUGUUGGCCUCAACUCAAUGAGAAAAGGUCUCACCAGCCUCAUGUCCUCGAUCGACAGCGCCCUCAAACCAAAUGUCGACGACAUGAGCGACACCGUGUCGACCAGGAGCGACGCCUCCAGCGACUCCGAGCAGUUCGUCCACAUCAGCAUGGAGGCGGAUAUCCCCGGCACCGACCUCAUGUUCCUCGUGCACGAUUUCUGUUUCGACGGCGACAGGGUGGAGGAGGCCGACGAGGUAGUCGUUGAGGAGGAGGAGAAGAGCCCCGUCACGACGGCGAGCGAUCGGUCGGCCUCGAGCGCCAGCGGCCGCAGGAAGGAUUUGGUUUCCGUUUCCACAUUCAAACUCAAAACGGUGGAAUUCGUUCAUCAAUCGGUGGGUUACUCAUCAUCGUUGAAGAUUCAAAUUGGAGAUUUAGCUUGUGAUGACUGCUCUUCUAUUCCAUGGGACGAAUUUCAGAGUAAAUUCAAUUCGAGAUCGAGAGCCUGGAGUUCGAAUCCUCCCAAUGUGACUGCGACGUCCAAAGUGAAGUUGCGCCUGGACCACAGUCUGGCCGUGCCGAGCUCGAAACACGUACUGGGUUUGGAUCUCACCGACAGGCAGCAGUUCGGCAAGGCUUUCAGAGACGUGCUCAACGUGCACGUCAACGAACUGAAUUUGACCUUGAACAUGAGCACUGUGACGAAUUUGAUGGAUCUUGUUGAGGACGAAUUUAUGCCUAUAUUUUUCCCUAUCAAGGUGAAGUUGGAAAAUGUGAAGAUACACUUAAAUGAGGAUCGGCCCCCGGCGAAUAUCUCAAGUCCUGGUCCUGUGCCGAUAGAUCUUAAUAUUCCGCGCAUGAACAUAUCAAGAGACGAGAACGGAGUUGUAAAUAUACUGCCUGAUAUUAAGGACUCUAGCCCAUCCAAUGAUAUUGAUGGGACCAAUCAAGUUCUUUCCAUAUCAAAAAGCCAACAAGCGCAAGAGAAUGAAGAGCUGAAGAGGCGCUUGACGGCUUUCGAGAGGAUUUCCGAGGAGAAUCACGUGCUGCGGAAAGCCAAGGAGGAAUCCGACGUGCUCCGUCUGUGUCUGCAGAAAUCCCAAGACGAGAUCGUUUUGCUGCUGAACGAGAAAGAGAAGCUGAUCAACGAGAUUCGGCAGCUGCAAUACCAGGUGUACGGGGAAAGAAACGGGGGUAGCAAGAGAUAG